GAAGGCGCCGUGACCGCGCCCGCCCGGCCCGCAGCGCCGCGGAGCCAUGGGGCACCCGCCGCUGGAGUUCAGUGACUGCUACCUGGACAGCCCCGACUUCCGAGAGCGGCUCAAGUGCUACGAGCAGGAGCUGGAGCGGACCAACAAGUUCAUCAAGGAGGUGAUCAAGGACGGCAACGCGCUCAUUGCGGCCAUACGGGGUUACUCAUCAGCAGUACAGAAGUUCUCCCAGACUUUGCAGUCCUUUCAAUUUGACUUUAUUGGUGACACACUAACAGAUGAUGAGAUCAAUAUUGCUGAGUCCUUUAAGGAGUUUGCAGAGCUGCUCCACGAAGUAGAGCUGGAGAGGUCCAUGAUGGUACAGAACGCUAGCGAUUUGCUGAUCAAACCUUUGGAAAACUUUCGGAAGGAACAAAUAGGGUUCACCAAGGAAAGAAAGAAAAAGUUUGAGAAGGAUGGUGAGAAGUUUUAUUCUAUGCUGGAUCGCCAUUUGCAUCUGUCUUCAAAAAAGAAGGAAUCCCAGUUGCAGGAGGCUGACCUUCAGGUUGACAAAGAGAGACACAAUUUCUUUGAGUCUUCCCUUGAGUAUGUGUACCAGAUCCAGGAAGUACAGGAAAGCAAGAAAUUCAGUAUUGUUGAACCGGUGUUGGCUUUUCUCCACAGUCUCUUUACUUACAACAACCUGACAGUCGAGCUCACGCAGGAUUUCCUCCCUUAUAAACAGCAGCUUCAGCUCAGCCUGCAGAAUACAAGGAACCAUUUUUCCAGCACGCGGGAGGAGCUGGAAGACCUGAAGAAGAGGAUGAAGGAAGCCCCACUAACCUGCAAGCUACCUGGGCAGCCAACCAUUGAGGGCUAUCUGUACACUCAAGAGAAAUGGGCGCUGGGCAUCUCCUGGGUGAAAUAUUACUGCCAGUAUGAGAAAGAGGCAAAAACCUUACGGAUGACACCCAUGGACCAGAAGCCUGGAGCUAAGCAAGGCACCUUAGACCUAACACUGAAAUCCUGUGUGAGGAGAAAGACCGACUCUAUAGACAAAAGGUUUUGUUUCGACAUUGAAACUAAUGAAAGGGCUGGGACCAUCACACUGCAGGCCCUCUCGGAAGCCAAUCGAAGGCUGUGGAUGGAAGCCAUGGACGGGAAGGAGCCGAUCUACCACAGUCCCAUCACAAAACAGGAAGAAAUGGAGCUGAAUGAGGUUGGCUUCAAGUUUGUGCGGAAGUGCAUCAAUGCCGUGGAAACAAAAGGAAUUACUACAGAGGGCAUCUACCGGACUGUUGGCAGCAAUAUUCAGGUGCAGAAGUUGCUGAACACCUUUUUUGAUCCAAAAUGUCCAGGGGAUGUGGAUCUCCAAAGUGGUGAUUGGGACAUCAAGACAAUUACCAGCUCACUGAAGUUUUAUCUCAGGAACCUGUCAGAGCCCGUCAUGACAUACAAGCUCCACAAAGAGUUGGUCCUGGCUGCCAAAUCCGAGAACCUGGAUUACAGACUGGGAGCCAUUCAUGCGCUGGUCUAUAAGCUACCUGACAAGAACAGAGAGAUGUUAGAGCUCCUCAUACAACACCUUGUCAACAUAUGUGAGCACAGCCGAGAGAAUCUGAUGUCACCGUCUAACAUGGGGGUGAUAUUUGGACCUACCCUCAUGCGUGCACAGGAGGACACCGUAGCAGCGAUGAUGAACAUCAAGUUCCAAAACAUAGUGGUUGAGAUCCUCAUCGAGCACUUUGGGAAGAUUUACUCUGGCCCACCAGAAGACACCACGGCCCCACCGGUGCCUCCUCCAAGAGUAGCUGCCCGGCGCCAUAAACCCAUCACCAUUUCCAAACGUCCUCUGAGGGAAAGACCCAUCUUCUUUGGCGCUUCUGUGGAAGAAACUGGAGCAGACUGGCACAGCCAGACCCCCAAUGGCAGCAGCAGCACGGAGGUCCCCAAGCCACUGCACCGCAGCCGCCUGCCUGCCCCCCGGCCUGGGGGAGAGGAGCCAGGGCGUUCCCCUGCUGAGGGCCGGCCGUACCCGCGCACGGAGGCAGAGGUGGGGAGGAUGGUGGCCAGGCUGCAGGAUGGAGGAGUGAAGUCAGGCAGUAAGGCAGCCAACGGCAUGGUGGCCAGCCCUGCCCUCAGGACCGCCACGCUCCAGGCUAAGAGACCUGCUCCCCGACCAGGAAUAUACAGCAAAGAGGGUGAGUGUGACAGUGUCCCUAAGCCACGAUCCCAUGGUGAUAAGCCUGUGAUAAUGCGUCCCCCAGUGAGACCUCCAGACCCACCAUGCAGGACUCCUGUCCCUCCAAAGCUGGAGCAGAGGCCAGAUCUGAUAGGGGGAACAGCGGAAGAGAUGCCUUCAUCUGUGGUGGCCUCUAGGACAAAGUUCUUUGAGACAGCUUCCCGAGGAACAAGCAAUUCUUCAUCACCACAAGGCAGGAUCCCGGGUGAUGAGAGCUGAGGCUAAAGACUUUGUAACCAUCUCAGCCCAGCUGGACCCAGGAGAUUUUCUGUGGUUAUGAAAUGGACAUGUCACAGCUCAGACUUUUCCAGUUCCAGUGCCCCUGGAGAGCAGCUAUCUUACCGGACGAUAAUUUCAGAGCAUGCUGUCAUAAGUGGCUCAAGAAAUUAGAAGAGAGGGAGAUAACGAUGGAGAGAAGACCCUACCCACACAUCUGUGUUGAACUGUUCCUAGCUCUUCCACCUGUCUUCUCCCACAGGCUGUGAAGGAUGCUGAUGUGUGGCCUUACAUGUGUCCAGCAGUGUUUGCAGGGCUGUGGAAAGAACAGUGGGAGACUACAGUGGCCAUUUACCUGCUCACUUUUUGGGAAAUGUACCUUGGCAAGGGUGACCUUAGACAGAUAUUGGAGUCAAAACACAAGGGACUAACUUCUCAGGCUUGGAUGCAAGGGUAGAGCAACUGGAGGUUGGGUUGGCCCCUUGCCGCAAGAAGCUCCUUCCCUUUAUGUUAUGUUUUCCUUGCUUGAUAAGCUAUAGUGUGCCAUAGUGUGUUUUUCAGUGUGUAGGAGAGCAGCAUCUGUUACUGGAAAUGCUGCUGUGCUCAGGCAGGCAGGACAGGAACUGGGGGGACCAUCAUCCUUAACUCUGCAGGACAUCUCUUCAUCUCCUCCCUGACAUCAGCCUGCCCCUGUCCUGGAAAACUGUGCUGGCAGACAUGGCUGUGCCAGGGGGCUUUGCCUGCCUCAUCCCCUGCCUGUGCACUGGCAUUCCAGUUGGUGCUGAUCACAUCAUUCCAGUCAGCACUGGUCAGGUCAGCAUUUUCCAAGAGCACAGCUGGGAGGAGACUGCAGGCGCUGUUCCUCCUCCUCUUCCUCUUACUUCUCCAAUGUGAGCCAUUCUCUCACCAGAUCUACUUCCCACGAAGAAGUCUCUAUUCUGGGGUUAUUCUGGUGGGCCAGCAGAACUGAUACUUGCUGAAUGUGGGCCAAAGCCCAUCAUUUUUUCUAAGAGGCACCCAAUUUCUUGUUUGCUUGUUAUAUUAAUUUCCAGUCCAAGAGAUGUCCAGUCUCUUUUCCUCAGCAGUGGCUCUGCAUAUGAUGCCUUUCAUUCUGGAAGGUUUCUCCUAUCCAGGACUACACCUAGUACCCCUGUUAACAGCAAAGGAUUGUUUGUGGUUCCAGCUGACACCUGGGCUCAGUUCCUCAGCUGUAAAUAGGCAAUGAGCAGUUUCCCUGCUUCCUCUCACCAGCGCAAAGGUGACUUCUCUGUUCUGAAUGAUUUUCCUUGGGUGCUGGGAGCAUUCCCAAACCAGUGACCAAACAUUCCCAUUAGCUGCUUCCCGGGUGCUCCGUCCUCUUGAGUGCACUUUGUGUCCUACCUGGCGCAGGUUUGCCAGUGGGAUGCUGCCAUGGUCCUUCCCGUGCUGCCUCCUGACCUUACCUUGUGUGUGUACCUAGUGUCUGUCUGCUCUAUUGCUGAAUGUAACUCUGGCGUUUACUGGACACACAUGUACAGUGUCAAUGGUGCUUCUGCUCCCUUGGGCUUUGGUGGUGCCCCAGCUGCUCACUCCUGUACCCCCAGUGCUUUGAACAGUGGCACGUAAACGUGGCUUUAAAAGGCAAAAACCCCAGUGGUAUCAAUGUCCAGACUGUGUUACACACUCCAGGAUCUCAGGACUUUCAAAGCUGUGGUGAAACCUUCGUGCUGCACCCUCUGGCAAGUGGCUGGGAGGUGUGAGCAGCUCUGAAACAAAGCACAUCAUCAUGUUUUCCUGAUCAGGUAUCUAAGAGAGCAGUUAAGAUGGAGCUGCAAGCCAGUGAGAGUGAAGGGGGGGAGAGGUGCUCUGACCAGCCCAGAUGGCUGGGAAUCCUCUCCAGCCACCCAGCAGAGAAACCAGUCCCAGGUAUCCUGCUGUGGGCAGCACUGGUGCUGAGCCUGCCCUUUGGGGUGGCUGUCCCAGAGGUGUCAGGCCAGGGGCUCAUCCACAGAAGGCCAUCAUUUCACUCUCUGGGCUGUGCUUUGAGAACCCCCUGAGGCUGUUGGGUUGGGAAGCACAUGGACUUGCACGGACAUGGGUGUCUCUGGUGGUGCCUCUGCAUGUGGACCUGGAAACAAUGGUUGUUGCAUCUCCUGCACUGCUGGUGUACAGGCAGCCUCAUGCUCACCACCCAGCGCAGAUCCUGUGGGACAGAGCUGGGGCUGUGGGAAUCAAACCAAGGGACUUUGGUUUUAACUCUGGUGUUUUGUACAGGAAGCAGCUUAUUAGAAACGUAUUUCAUUGUGUAAUUUUAGGCCUUUGUCACACAUGUGUCUGUGCUGGUUUUCCUCCCCUGUGAGUGUAGCUGAAGGCUGGGACCAGCAGUGGGGCAGUAACAGGGUGCUGGGCUGUGCUGGUGGAGGUUCUGUGGGGCGGAAUCCCUGCUGCUGUUGCCACAGGAGCGACGCAGCCAGGAACAUGGAAUUCACCCUGUGCAGCGCGGCAGGAACAUGGGAUUCACCCUGUGCACCGUGGCAGGGCCCCAUGCACCCGCCACCGGAGCCGGUUUGUCAUGUAAAAGCAUAGGUUACUUCAAGUGUUUAUAAAUUCCCAUGAAGUAAAAACCAAAAGUCCACAA